AUGCUAAUAGACUCGGGCUGCAAAUCGAAUUUGAUCUCGGACGAAACAUGGGAGUAUUUGAAAGAAAACAAUGUUAACUGCUCCAACCAGAUUAAAGAACCAAAGAAAAUAUUCUUGGCCUACGGCAGCACGACGCCAUUAAAGGUGAAGGGAUCCUUUGAAACAUCGAUUAAAGUUAACGGAAAAAUCACCCACAGUACUGUUUAUGUUAUAAGCGAUGGAUCCAGAAAUCUUCUGGGUAAGGAUACCGCGUUACAAUUAGGGGUUUUGAAACUGGGCGACAUGGAAGUCGAUUCGGUUAAGGAGCUAAAAACCCCGUUUCCGAAGUUUAAAAAUAUUAUCGUUGAGAUACCAACAGAUCCGUCAGUGAAACCAGUCAUGCAACCUUAUCGAAGAAUACCUAUUCCACUAGAAGAAAAGAUCCAUGAGAAAAUUGAGGAGUUGUUAGAAAUGGAUAUAAUAGAAGAAGUAAAUGGACCAUCGAAAUGGGUUUCGCCUAUUGUGCCUAUUCUUAAAGACAAUGGUGAAGUACGAGUGUGUGUUGAUAUGAGGCGUGCAAAUGAAGCAAUUUUACGAGAAAACCACCCGUUACCAUGUAUGUGCCAUUUACUCCCAAAGAUCAAAAGAGCACACUUCUUUUCUAAACUCGACAUCAGUAACGCUUUUCACCAAGUGGAACUAGAUCCAAACUCCAGACAUUUGACAACAUUUAUUACAUCCAAGGGACUUUACAGAUAUAAAAGGCUGAUGUUUGGAAUCACCUCCGCUCCAGAACUUUUCCAGAAAAUCAUAGAGAAAAUGUUGAUAAAAUGCGAAGGAGCUCUCAAUUUUAUCGAUGAUAUAUUGGUAUGGGCGAUAGCGAAGAAGAGCACGAUGCACAUUUGUCUAACGUUCUGA